AUGAGAACUCUCCUGAAUUCAGAGUCCUUAAUGGAAGCAAUAACGAACAAGGCUCGGUUAUUCCCUUCCUCCGCCAUUCGGUCUUCUUCAGUGAAGGUGAUGUUGUUGAUUGAGAGUUCAGAUACCAUGGACACUUGUUCAACCACCGAAGAUGAUGGAACUAUUCGCACAUCAGAUAAUAUUUUGUUAAGAGCGACAAACGUGUUUGAAAGAGUAAGCGAGUUUGUGGAGUUUUACGUUGCUAUCACUAAGUUAGUGAAAUUUUCCACCAGUAGCAGCAGCGAUUACUCCUCCAUCUCUUCUGAUGAGGAUUCCAAGGCUUAUGCAGCCAAAUUACGAGCUAAAAUGAAUUAUGUUGAGGGAGCUAAAGCUAGCAUACCCCUUAAUGACCUAAGGAUCUCUUAUGAAGAGCUCAUGAAGAGAAAGGCCCAGGAUGAUGAGAUGGAGGAUCGUCGACGUAGAAAGGAUCGAAUCCGGCGCAGGAUACAGGCGGCUGAAGAGAGGCGUCGAUUUGUUGACGGUGUACCCUCCGACUCUGACGCUAAUGCUUCUGAAGAGGAAACUAUUGAAGCUGAACUCGAAGAUGAGUACGAAGCAGAGGAUGACUCGGACUCAGAUGAUCCUAAUAUCCACCCAGACUUCAUCAAUGGACGUGAUAGUGAUUCUGAUGAAGAACUCGAAGAGGAUUCUGCAAACGACGAUGAUGAUGAAUCUCAUAAUUCUGACAAGUCUGAUGACUCAGACGAAUCUGACAAUUAA